CAACCAUGGUUGCUGGCAAAGUCAAAGUAGCAAUGGGUUUGCAGAAAUCGCCGGCGAACUCCAAACCACCCAAAUCAGAUCCAUCUCCGAAGCCGCAUUCUCCGUCCCCGAGCUCCGGCAAGCAAACCCAGAAAGGCGCACUCUUUUCUCGUUCCUUCGGCGUUUACUUCCCACGCGCCUCCGCCCAGGUCCAGCCCCGCCCGCCGGACGUCACCGAGCUACUCCGUCUGGUCGAGGUCUUGCGAGAGAGGGAGUCCCGGUUGAAGACCGAGCUUCUCGAGCAGAAACUUCUCAAAGAAUCGGCGGCGAUUGUCCCUGUCCUCGAGAGCGAGAUUUCGGCCAGAGAUUCGGAAUUGGAACGGUCUCGCCGGAAAGUCGAGUGCUUGGAGGCGGAGAAUGACAGGCUCAGAAUGGAAGUCGAGAUUUUACACAUGGAGAUCUUCAAGCAAAACGGACGCUACGAGGAGAAGCUGAAACAUAUGGAAACAGAGAUUUUGGAGCUGAGGAAGAUGAAUGAAGAUCUGGCAUUAACUCAGAGAUUGCCAGAAUCUACCAGUACGAGUCACAAAUCGGUGCCCACCAAGUGUUUGAGAAAAUGCGCGACUCAGCCCAGCUUCUCAGUAACGAGUGACAACGGUAAGGGUGAGUUCGAGAAGAGCAGGAAAGAGGAAGGGUCCAUCGAGGUCAGUGAAAGGCCAUGGUAUUCUCGGUCUAGCUCCGAGGAAACGGCGGAGACUUCCGAGAGUUUGUUGAGCUUAAGAUCCCGAGUUCCUAGGGUUCCUAAGCCUCCUCCUAGACGGUCUUCGUCUGGAUCUUUAACAGAUUCGGCAAGCCGCGAAGUACCAGAAGUUACCCACAUUCCGCCGCCGCCUCCCCCUCCACCCACGGUGUCAUCAAAGCCAAUUGCUCCACCGGUACCUCCUCCUCCACCGGCUCCACAUUCCAGUAAGGCGGCACCUCCGCCGCCACCUCCCCCACCAAAGGGUCUACUAAAACCCCUCCCAGCAAAAGUUAGAAGGGUACCGGAGGUGGUGGAAUUUUAUCAUUCUCUGAUGCGAAGGGACUCCCGGCGGGAGUCAGGAGGCCCAUGUGACGCUCCAACUCCGGGGACGGCCACCACCAAGGAUAUGAUAGGUGAAAUUGAGAACCGUUCUUCGCAUUUACUAGCAAUCAAGACAGAUGUAGAAGUACAAGGAGAUUUCAUAAGAUUCUUGAUCAAAGAGGUAGAGAGUGCUGCAUUUACAGACAUUGAGGAUGUUUUGCUGUUCGUUAAAUGGCUUGAUGAUGAGCUCUCUUACCUGGUUGAUGAAAGGGCAGUGUUGAAACACUUUGAAUGGCCCGAGCAAAAAGCAGAUGCUCUAAGGGAAGCGGCAUUUGGGUAUAGCGAUAUGAAGAAGCUUGUCACGGAGGCAUCUUCGUUCCGAGAUGAAGAUUAUAGGCAAUCCUCUGGUCCAGCUCUUAAAAAAAUGCAGGCCUUGUUUGAAAAAUUAGAGCAUGGUGUUUACAAUUUGUCAAGAAUGAGGGAAACUGCUAGCAAUAGAUACAGAUUGUUUCAUAUUCCUAUGGACUGGAUGUUGGACACAGGUUAUGCUAGUCAGAUGAAGCUGGCGUCGGUUAAACUGGCGAUGAAGUACAUGAAACGGGUGUCUGCAGAGCUUGAGAUGGUUGGUGGUUGUCCGGACGAAGAAGAGCUAAUUGUUCAAGGUGUCAGGUUUGCCUUCAGAGUACACCAGUUUGCGGGUGGUUUUGACGUGGAAACGAUGAAGGCAUUUGAAGAACUGAGAGACAAAGCAGCCCACCACUACAAGACUCCUCUAUCUUCAUCUUCAUCUUCUUCUUCUUCUUCUUUACCUUGCUAAUCUCUAGCAAUCAUCUCUGCUCUGUUUUUUGCUAUAUAAUAAUAAUAUUUGUAUUAUUUAUUUUAUUUACUUUUAACUAAUUAUUGGAAUGUCCCUGACCAAAUGGAUGAGUACUCUUUCACAGUUGAGUACAUAGUGUGAGUGAUCAUUUCUGAAAGAAAAAAAAUCAUGCUUCACCUUGGACUUUCUACUGUCAUGGUUUUUAGGUGAAAAUUUAACCAUUUUUAUCUGACACAAUGUAAAUUUAAAAAAUUACCACAAAUUAAUUUUGCGAAAGUUGUUUGCGAUGGAAAUCGAAUGAAAUUAUUUUUGCAUU